AUGUGGAAGCGAAUUCUGCUGUUGUGGUGCCCGCUCGGCGCGCUCGCAGCUCUGAACGAGUCCGUCUCAUGGGGCACGUUAUUACCGUCACGGCACCCGCGCAAUGUGACAAUGACGACGCUCACGACCGACUGUCGCGGCGUCAACUUUACCACAACCAACGACGACGACAACACCAUCACUUUCGACGGCGUCGUUGCGACCAACUGGACGACCGAGUUCCCGUCGUGCGUCUGGUUCCCAGAUGGACGCGUCGCGCGUGGCGCCGACGUCGCGGCCGUCGACGCACGGGGGUCGCUCAAGUUUGGCUACUUGUACGCGAUCCGAAACAACCUCACGAUCGAACACGUCGAGCACCUCCCGUCGUAUGCGUCCACCAUCCUUCUGGACAACCUGGGGAUCCAAACGCUUCACGACGACCUCUCGAUGGACGAUCGCGGCCGUCCCGUCAUUGCGAACCGUGUUCAAAUGGUCAGUAACGCCAUCACGACGAUCAGCGGCGUCCGCUUUCCCGACACGAUCGACGUCUUAGAGCUCUCGAACAACCAGAUCGAGCACCUGGGCGAUUUGAGCCGCAGCCGGCACAUCACGUUUCUACUGGUCGGGUUCAACCGUCUCCAAUCCCUCGUCGAUGCGAUUUUUCCGUCGUCGCUCCUGCACUUUUUUCCUAUGUACAACAACCUCACGAGCCUCGUCGACGUCCGCUUCCCGUCGGCACUGCAGACUUUGGAUCUCCAAGGCAAUCAGCUCACGUCUCUGGCCAAUGUGUCGUGGCCGACCAACCUCCUCGACUUGGGCCUCUCGUUCAACGCCAUCACGUCGUUGGACGACGCUGCAUUUCCAUCGACGCUCGAUCAGCUGCAGCUCGCGCACAACCGCAUCACCGAAGUGCGCGCCAACUUCCCGUCGUCCCUCUCGUCCUUGUGUCUGGCAGGCAACCCCAUUACAGCCUUUUACGCCAACAAUUCGCAGUUCGAGCUCCUCUCGCGGCUUCGCAACCCCAACAAGUCGUCGCUCACGUACGAUAUGCACCGUGGUGUGUCGGGCAAGUGGAACUUCCAGGGACCGUGCGACAUUGUCCUUAGCACGACGCUCACCAAUACGACGUGCGUCAACCACACGCACACGCGGCUGCUCUUUGACAUCUUUCCGAUCUGCAUGCUGCCCGACAACGAGGCGUCCACGGGCAGUGUGAGCACACCGUCCGAGGGCUACCUCCACGUCGUUGGCGUCGCGGCCGGUGGCAUGCUUCUCCUUCUCACGCUUCUCUUGACGACCACGUUGUAUCGCCGCCGAGCGACCAAAUGGCAAUCGUCGACAAGCCACGAGACGCACCUGCAGCUCCAGACGCCGAUUUCGAUCCCCAACGACGUGCGUUUUGACCCGGUGCUGCGCUCACGGCGCGUGCCGGCGUCGGACGUCGAGCGCCACGCCGUGCUCGCGCGCGGCGGUUGCGGCAUCGUGUACCGCGCAUCGAUCCACGGGUCCCACCCGGUCGCAAUGAAGCGCAUCCUGCCGACGCGCGCGGACGACCCGAACGUACUCGAAGACUUUAUGGCCGAGAUCCGCCUCAGCGCCAGACUCGAGCACCCCAACAUUGUCGCAUUUGUCGGGAUGACAUGGACAAGUGUGUACAAUUUGUCGGCCAUCUACGAGUUCAUGUCGCACGGCGACCUCUGGCAGUUUCUCAAGCGGAGCCAUGGGCUCACGUGGCACGGGCCGGGCGUCUCGAAGGCAUCGAUUCUGCAAGACGUGAUUGCAGCGCUGGUUUACCUCCACGCGCUCUCGCCCGUCGUCGUGCACCGCGAUUUGAAGGCCAAGAACGUCCUCUUGAACGACGUGUAUGUCGCCAAGCUCGGCGACUUUGGCGCGAGCCGUGAGUGCGCCGACCACACCAUGACGGCCGAGAUUGGCACCGUGCCAUGGAUCGCCCCCGAGGUGCUCAAAGGCACGCGGUACAGUGAAAAGGCCGACAUUUACUCGUUCGGCGUCCUCGUCUCCGAAGUCGACACGGCCAAAGUGCCGUACUCCAACCUCCACGACUGCUGCCCGAGCGCCGACGGCAACUCGGUCGCGCUCGCGUCGGCCAACAUUGCGAUGCGCGUUGUGAAAGGGACGCUCCAGCCGUCGUUUUCGCCAUCGUGUCCAUCCGUCGUGCUCGAUAUCGCUCGUCAAUGUCUCUCGCACGACCCAGACGACAGGCCGAGUGCCGCGCAGCUCGCAGCGUGGCUCGAACGCCUCUCGCUCUGA